AUGAUCCCCCCGAGUCCGUUCCUGCUUCCGGAUCCGUGGAUCUCGGAUGUGGAGCUGCAGGUGGACGUCACGGUGCUGCUUCCGAAUGGCCUGGUGCUGCCCCUCCAGGUCCACAGGGAAUCCACCCUGGAGGAACUCAAGCAGUGCACAUGGCGUGAGGCGGAGCGUCUCCCGCUGUACCGCUGCCUCCGUGGUCGGGACACGUACGUGUUCACGUGCGUGAGCGAGCGCACUUCAGAGCGAGAGGAGUUUGCGGACGAGGGGCGGAAGCUGUGCGACGUGCGGCCGUUCCAGGCACUCCUUCGACUCGUCGAACGGCCCUCGGACAAGGCUGACCGGCAGACCAACGCUCAGAUCGGCCUCUUGAUUGGCAAAGGGCUGAACAGCUUUGACGCUCUGAAGUGCCCCGAAGUGAACGAAUUCCGGCGAACGAUGCGGGCGUUCUGCACCAGCAUCGCCGACAAGAGGGCAGAGUGGUCGCCGCUCGAUCAGGUCAAGUACAGAUACCCUGCCCGCGUGGACCGCUUCUGCAGCCAGUACCCGCCUCCGCACAUGGGAGACAGGAUUUCUUCCGCCGACUCGACGUUUGGCGCAGAAAUCCUCUUCGAGAAUGGGGGCAUGAUGACGAUGAACGUGGCCAUAGGAGCCACCCCUCAGGCUCUGCUGCUCCUGGUCAUGCAAAGCGCGGCCUCGGGGGAGCAGUUCCUCUGCCACACGGUCGAAGGGCUCGUCCUCAAGGUCUGCGGGAGGGAGGAGUACCUCCUCGAAGAGCUGCCCUUGCUCCAGUACAAGUAUGUCCAAGAAAAGGUGUCCGAAGGCUCCACUCCGCAGUUCACUGUCGUUCCCAUCAGCGACAUCCAAACGGAUCACGACAUGGUGUACGCGCAAAUCGAGCGCUGCAUGGAGCCCAGCUUCUGUCGACCAUCCCCUCAUCCGGACAAGCUGGUCUCGGCGUGGAUGAUCGGCGAUCCUUUUCGCGUUCGGGUGCUCUCCGCUAGCUCCGUCAACGUCGAGUCGGGAGCCAAGUUGGUGGUGGAGGGCGGUCUGUACCACGGCACGGAGCUGCUCUGCCAGACGCAGCGGACGCAGGACUGCUCGGUGGCCGACGGGAGAGGCUCCUGGGACCAGCAGCUGUGCUUCGACCUGGCCGUGCGAGACCUGCCGCAGGCCGUGCGCCUCUGCCUGGGGCUGUACGAGGUCACCAGGGGCACCAGGCAUCCGCGCGCCCGCCGGCGGCUCGGCCCCGAUCUGUACGCCGCCCCCCUGGCCUGGGUGAACGUGACGGUGUACGACUUCCGGGGCUACUUGCGCUUCGGCUGCGUGGACCUGUCCAUGUGGACGUACGCGGACGAGCCUCACGCGGAGGAGAUGGACCUACUCCACCCGAUGGGCACCGCCGUCUUCAACCCCGAGGCCCACCACGCCACCACGCUCACCAUCCAGUUCGAGCCGUACCACCCGUCCCACCCCGUGCGAUACCCGAUGCUCGACGAGAUUCUUGAAUGCGCCGCAUCCUGCGUGAAAGAGAAGAGCACCUACCUGCAGGGCAUUGGCCACGCGAGCAAGAGCCACCGGGAGCAGCUGCGGCAGAUCGCGGAGCAGGACCCUCUGGCACCACUCCAUGAGCAGGACCGGCAGCUGCUCUGGUUCCUGCGCUACGACUGCCUCGAGCUGCCCCACGUGCUCCCCAAGCUGCUGCUCUCCCUCCGCUGGGGGGACCACUGUGACGUUGCCCUGAUGCAAGCCCUUCUGCAAAUUUGGAAGCUGCUUAAACCAGAACAGGCGCUGGAGCUCCUAGACUACAGCUAUCCCGACAACUACGUGCGGAGUUUUGCUGUCCGCUGCCUACGACAGAUGAGUGAUGAAGAACUGUCCCUGUACCUGCUGCAACUAGUCCAAGCUCUGAAGCAUGAAUCCUUCCUGGAUUGUGACCUAGUUAAGUUUCUACUGGAGAGAGCGCUCAAGAAUAGGCACAUUGGGCACCAGAUGUUCUGGCUUCUAAGGUGUGAAAUGCAGGUGGCGGCGCUAAGCGUCAAGUUCGGGCUGAUUCUUGAGGCGUACUGCCACGGGGCCCCCGACCACAGAGAGGCCCUCCUGAAGCAGGCCGAGGCUUUCUUCAAGCUGAGGGCCCUGGGAAAUCAGAUCCACGAGUCGAGCAAGAAGAAGGACAGCCGAGAGAAGAUGGUGGCCACAAUGCGGGAGCAUAUGAGCAAGGAGGCCUUCAGGGCCACCUUCAGGAACCUGUGCAGCCCCUUGGACCCAUGCCACGUUUUCAGCCAGAUCAAGCCGGAGCUUUGUCGGUUCAUGGACUCCAAGAUGAAGCCACUGUGGCUUGUCUUCGAGAACAGCGACGCAGUUGCAGAGGACAUUGCUAUCAUCUUCAAACAUGGAGACGAUUUGAGACAAGACAUGCUCACUCUCCAGAUGAUCCGUAUCAUGGACAAGCUCUGGAAAGACGAAGGAUACGACUUCAGGAUGAUACCGUACCAGUGCCUCUCGACGGACCAAAAUGUGGGGCUGAUCGAGGUGGUUCGCAAUGCCAGCACCAUCGCCAACAUCCAGAAGCUGCACAACUCUAGCGCCACUUCCGCUUUUAAGAAGGGUUCCCUCUUUGCUUGGAUCAAGGAACACAACAAGACGCAGGAGAGUCUCCGCAGGGCGGUGGAAAACUUCACCUUAUCCUGUGCAGGAUAUUGUGUCGCCACCUACGUCCUUGGAGUGGCCGACAGGCACAGCGACAAUAUCAUGAUCAAAGCAAAUGGAGAGCUGUUUCACAUUGACUACGGUCAUAUCCUGGGCAAGUUCAAGGAGAAGUUUGGCAUCAAACGGGAGAGGGUGCCCUUUGUACUUACUCACGACUUUGUACACGUCAUCACUCACGGCCACAGGCGCAAGGCGACGGCCUUCAACAGGUUCCAGGAAUACUGCGAGCGGGCCUUCCUGAUCCUGCGUCGCCAGGGUUCGUUGAUGAUCUCGCUGUUCGCCAUGAUGCUCACCACCGGCAUGCCCGAGCUGACCUCCGAGAAGGACCUGGACUACCUCCGCGACGCACUGGUACUGGACUACUCCGAGGCGGACGCACUUGCCCAUUUCCGAGCAAAGUUUGAGGAAGCUCUGAACAACAGUUGGACAACCAGCAUUAACUGGUUCGCACACAACAUUAGCAAGGACAACAAAUAGGGCUGACCUGACCGUGAUGACCUGAAAACCUGGUGAAAACAUCAGAAAAGACAAGUAAAGGAUGACCUGAUCUCGA